GUCUCGGGCAUAUCCUACUGAGGUCAUCUCAAGGGUAAAACUGACGUCCGUCGCAUCUGGCUGUGUCUGGCCUCCAGGCACUGGGCCUCUUCGUUGAGGACGUAGAAGGUGCCGGCGCGGGAUGGACGCAGCUGCCACUCCCAGCAACGGCGCCUCCCAGCCCUGGACGGGUAGCACCGUCGCCCUGACCAACGGCUCUCUGGCGACCAGCCUGCUCGUGGAGGGUCUCCUGGCGUCGACGGCAGCGUCAGCGGAGCCUCCGCUGGACGGCGUCUGGCCGACCGCCGCCGUGGUCGUCGCCAGCGUCAUCACCACCGUCAGCCUGGUCGGCAUCGCCGGCAACGGACUGGUCGUGUUCGUCAUCGUGGCCGACCGCGACCUGAAGGAGCACGUCAGCAAUGUGAUGAUCGGCAAUCUGGCCGUCACGGACAUGGGCACGUGUGUGCUGGUGAUGCUGCCGGCCGUCGCCUCGCUGGCGUCCGGCGGCUGGCCGCUGGGCGACGCUCUGUGCCGGCUGCACUGCGGCCUCAACUACCUCUUCAUCAUCGUCUCCAUGAUGACGCUGGCGCUGGUCAGCCUGGACCGCAAGAUGGCGGUGGACGAGCCGUUAAAGUACAUCCAGCAGAUGCACCCAAAGCGAAUGGUGUUGCCACUGAUAAUCAUCUGGCUGGUCGGCGUUGUGUUCGGGGCCGUGCCCAUGGGCCUCAGCUGGAUCCAAUACGACCAAUGGGAGGCCGUUUGCGCCAUCCAGUGGUUCAUCCACGACGGCGCAGUCACCUACGUUAUCGUGGCGUUCUGCGUCUGCUUCCUGUUGCCGGCGGGCCUCAUCAUCUGGUCUAAUCACGUCAUCGUACGCACGUCCCAGCGCGUGUCACAGCGCGGGCGUCGGCCGACCGCGUCCUCCAAACGUCGCACCGCCCUCUCCUUGUGCCGCCUGGUCGACUCGCGACUCUCUGUCAGUGAGCUGAUCGACAGCACACACAACAUCGAGAGCAUGUUCAACGAGUUCGCCCCGUCGCGCCGGCGCACCGCGACGCCGGCCAGCGCGCGCCGGGACACGCACAGCGAAGGCGGCUCGUCGCCGCUGGAAGCGGACACCGGCCCGGCCGACGUGCCCAUGCUGCCCAUGCCGGCCGAGGAGUGCCGACCGAGCCGGCUGCAGCGGGUCGCCGUCGGGCUGAGGGAGCCGGCGGCGGGUCAGUCCCGGCGUCCAGACCAGUCCGAGGCGACCGCUGACGAGCAAAACGCACCGGCAGGGGACGCGGCCCUUGGAACGGAGCCCCGCGCGCUGGGCGGCACUGCUGAGCGCAUGGGGUCUCACGGCACUCACAGCGUAACCGUCGAGAUGAGCGACGCUCCUGCCGCCGCUUCUUGGAAGAACGGCGUGUUCUGUAGCAAUGGGCCACCUAACACAAACGACAACGGCAUGCCCAACUGCGACAGCGGCUCCAACAGCAUGGACGGCGCCUUCGUUGGAUUGAACGAACAAUGUUCCCGGCCAAACAGCAACUCAAGCAUGUUGAGCGUCGUCCGUAGCAGGAAAACGGACCCCUCUGUCGGGAAAGCCGACCCCUCUGUCGGGAUAGCUGACCCCCCUGUCGGGAAAACUGGCACCCAAAACGGAGAGAAUGGAUCGUCCACGCGGUACAGUGUCAUCUUCAGCAGGAAUAAAGGUAUCUGUCUCGAACCGGCCGUCACUAAAGCAACCGUUGUCCCAGAGAGCAACGGCAUCAGGUCGGUCGCUUCCGAUGGCAUGGCGAAGGCCGUCGAGGGCGUCCAGGCGCGACAGCCCAUUGCCAAGGACGACCAUUCGGUUAACGUCGACAACGCGCUCACGCCCUCCCAGACGGAGGAGCUGGCGUAUGCGACGACUCUGAACAGCGACCAGAAGCGCCAUCUGGCGCGCUCGCACCGGCGCAUCGUGCGCUCCAUCGCCAUCGUCGUCGCCAUCUUUUUCAUUUGCAUGACGCCGUUCUGCGUGACGAAGCUGGUGAAGAUUGCCUUCCAGCAGCCGGGUUUGGUGCCCGGCUGGGUGAACCUUCUGGCCAGCGUGGUGCAGUUCACGGCGUCUGCCACCAACCCCUUCAUCUACGGCUUCUUUCGGCCCGACUUCAAGCUUGCCUUCCUCAGGGUUUCGCGGAAACUCAGGAACACGUUCAGUUGGUGAUAGAAUGCGACCUAAUUGCGUCCUCAAGCAUCCUGCGACCGUGGCAACGGAGGCUAAGCCCAUGACAUCAUGUGAUGACCGUUUUGUGUUUCCAUUCAUGUUACUCCUAUUGUACAUUUGUUGU